AUGGGCAAGAAUCUAGAUGACCGGCCUGCCUACUUGAGCUCCGAUGGCGCCAAGUACUCCUUGGGUGUUCACCGCGGGCCAUUAGCCCCGGUGGGCGCCGACAACCCGAAAUUGGAGCAGGUCCAAUCCGCCGGUGGUAUCUCGCUAGCUACCAAUCGAUCCAAGAAGGAGAAGUUUGCGCGUCAUUGGAGGCGUUUCUGGUGCUGCUACCUCAUCGGCAAUGUCAUCUUCCUCGCCAUCUUCCUCCCCGUUUUCUUCCUCGUGGUCAUCCCCGCCAUCUCGCAACUGGUCGUCAACAAGUCCCACCUGGUCCUCGUCAAUGCCGCGGUCAUGCAGCCGCGCGCCGACUCCAUCCAAUUGACGCUGCAGUCGGCGCUGGACUUGAGUAUAGCCUUGCCCGUGCGCAUCGAGCCCAUCACACUGGACCUGUUCAUGCGCGACACCGGUCCCAAGGAGCCCUGGGGCAACGUCACCAUUCCCGGGAUGACGAUCAAAGGUAACACCACCCUCGGUGUUACCGACGUGCCCACGCCAUUCAUCAACUCGACCACCUGGGCCAGCUUCGUGCAUGACGUCGUCUUCAAAAAGUAUUCCACCUUGUCUCUCAAGGGGUCGACCAAUUCCUUCCUGGGAGUGUUGAAGUCGCAUGUGGUCUUGGACAAGGACAUCGUCUCACCGGGCUUGAACUCUUUGGAGGGUUUCAGCAUCUCUGAUAGUGCCCUGCGUCUCCCUCCUCUCGCAGAUGGCACGAACCUGGUGGGCAACGCCACGCUCCCCAAUCCCUCCGUGCUUACCAUUGAGAUCGGCACAAUCACCCUCGACAUCAAGUCCGGCGACUUGGUGAUCGGCAAUGCCACCUUGGAGGACCUUACUCUCAAGCCCGGCGACAACAAGCACCCGCUCAAGGCCGUUCUGGACAUUAACACCAUUUUCAAGCAUCUGGGCGAGGUGCUCAAGUCCCAGGCCAACCUCCUGAAGACCGGCAAUCUGACCUUGAACACCAUCACCAAGUCGGUGGUCUGGGAGAACGAGACGGUGCCCUACUACACCAAGGCCAUGUCCGAGCUCACGCUCACGGCAGAGGUGCCGCUCAUGGACACCCUGAAAAACACGUUACACAGCCUCAACAUCACCGCGCUCGAGGCGUACGCCAAGUCCAAUAAGACUGGCGGCGGUCUUCUGAGCACUCUGAAGGGCGAUCUCAGCAACAUGGAAUCCAGCAGUUCCAGCUCCGGCUCCGGCCUCUCGUCCAUCCUGAAGAAGAACGUGCACGUACGUGAUGCGCUCAAGGACAUCCACCCGGUCAAGCGAGACGCCGCCUUGGACUCACUGGCCAAUCUCUUCAUGACGCUGUGA